UUUCAAAGUUGACAUAUUUUGUUUGUAUUGUAUUAUUGUAUUGAUUUUUUCAAUUAAAAGAUGUAAAUAAACAAACUAAAUAUGGUAGAUAUAAGACAAGUACGCUAUCACAAAAAUGUGAACGGUGUUAACUUAUGUCUUAAAAUUAGAAAUCGCACAAGUGCUCCGAAUUCAAAGGUUUUCAAAAUCUCAUUCAAAAAUAAGGAACGUAAGGGACAUUGGCACAGACUGUCUCUGAUUCUAGCUAUUAUUUUUAAUAUAUUAGCUUUUGUAUAUAUACGAAUAAGUGUUACUAAUUUACUUGUUAUAAUAAUCGUUUUCUCAUUUUUGGCAUUCUUUUGGAUUACACACAGUGUUCAGUCAGAGUCAAUCAUUGUGAUUCCAACAGUAGGAAUACAAAGUUCCAUCAAAUUUGUUUUUGGUCGAGAAGAUGUGUUUGUUCCAUGGUCUAACAUUGAUGACAUUGUUAUCAAUGAAGUUAUUAAGUUGAAUUGUGUUCUGUACUAUCUUACUCUGUUAGUCAAAACUAGUCCAAACCAAAGUAAUCAAGAUUCAUAUGGGAUAAAGUUAAUGCCAUUAUUUAAGUAUACAAAACCGAGGUUAGUAAUGCUAGAAAUAAUCUACUCCGAGUUCCAAACAUUGCUGAUGGGUGCACAGCGGGAUGGUGUACGAAGUGGCUCUGGAGAUGUGGAAUAAAGUGUUUAAUUAAAUGUCUUAUGUAGAAUACUAUAAUUUACAAUGUUUCUUUUCUUUUGUUAAACAUCUAUAGAAUGCAGAUGUUAAAAGUCUUGUUAGAAAUGAUUAAACAAAUAUUGUUUUUGUAACAUUCCUUAUUAAUUUAUUAAUUCAUUUAAGUGUAUUGUAUUUAUUCAUUAUUAAUAAUAUAUAGUUUAAAAAGAACAUUAUUAUUUGACUGGAUGGGACUCUUCAGUGCCAGCCCUGGCUUUUGACAGAACUUUCAGAGAUAUUAAAAUUGAUUUAAUGAAAUGUA